GGAUAAAUGCCCUCUUUCAUUUCAAAGUCCGUUAGAGGCACAUAGAUACACCUACAGUUACUCUCUAGGAACAAGCGGAUUUCUCUUAAAAAGUGAGGAAAUCAGCGCAGAGGACCAUGGACAACAAGCUACUCUAAAGAACUUCUCCACAAACCUUUGGCUCUAUACAGAGAGACUGGAGAUCUGGAGAGACGCGCUCCAGAGCCGAGGAGGACAACGCGCGCUGCUGACAUCUGUUUGGGAAGGUGUUACACACUGAAAAAAGACUCUUCUUUCAUUCGCUCUCAUAAAUGGAUCUGCGUAAAUACCUGCUGUGUCUGGAGUCCAUCCUUCUUCUGAUAGUAUUUUGUCAGUGUUUCAACAUAGAUGUAAAGCGCCCGCGCAUCUUCACCGGUCCAAAGGACGCUCUGUUCGGCUUCUCCGUUUUACAACAUGAAGCAGACGGGGAGAAAUUGUUGCUGGUCGGUGCUCCCUGGGACGGACCCCCCAACAACAGGAAAGGAGACGUGUACAAAUGCACCGUGGGAGAGGAGAGGAACUCAAACUGCAGCAAAAUGAAUAUAGGUGAGACCGCUCUUCAGAACGUUUCUAAAAACCUGAGAAAUUCCUCCCUGGGAAUGACGCUGACUCCAAACUCACCUGAUGGCUUCUUGGCCUGUGCCCCUCUGUGGUCUCAGGAGUGCGGUACGUCUCUGUUCAGCACCGGCAUUUGUGCCUCCGUCAGCGACAACUUAGAUCCAAGAGAGCCCAUCGCCCCAACAGCGCAAAAGUGUUCCACAUACAUGGACAUUGUGAUCGUGCUGGAUGGCUCCAACAGCAUCUACCCCUGGUACGAGGUCCAGAAUUUCCUCAGCAACAUCCUCAGCAAGUUCCACAUUAGCUUGGACCAGAUGCAGGUUGGCAUCCUGCAGUACGGCGAGGUAGUUGUCCACGAGUGGUCUCUGAAGGACUACCAGACCACACAGGAGGUGGUGGAGGCCGCCAAGAACAUCAGCAGACAGGAGGGACGAGAGACGCGCACGGCGUCCGCCAUCCACACAGCCUGCACCGAGGCGUUCAGCGAGGAGCGUGGAGCCAGGGAGGGCGCCACCAAGGUGAUGAUCGUAGUGACGGACGGGGAGUCACAUGACGGGGAGGAUCUGGAAGCCUCGCUGGGCGAGUGCACGGACAGAAACAUCACCAGAUACGCCAUCGCUGUUCUGGGUCAUUACAUCCGCCGGCAGCAGGACCCAGAGACGUUCAUCACGGAGAUCAAGUCUAUCGCCAGUGCCCCCGAAGAAAAGUACUUUUUCAACGUGACCGAUGAAGCUGCGCUCAAUGACAUCGUGGACGCCCUGGGAGAUCGCAUCUUCACUCUGGAAGGCACACUGGGCAACAACAAGAGCUCGUUCCACAUGGAGAUGUCUCAGAUUGGCUUCUCAACACACACAAUGGAUGACGGCAUCCUGUUUGGGAUGGUGGGCGCCUACGACUGGGACGGCGGAGUGUUGAAGGAAGGGAGCAACGGACAAAUAAUUCCGCCCAGAGAGGCUUUUGAAAGCGAGUUUCCACUGGAGCUCAAAAAUCACGCAGCUUAUUUAGGUUACACGGUGUCAUCGGUGACCGUCAGUGACAAGAAGAGGCUCUACGUGGCUGGAGCUCCUCGGUUCAAACACAAAGGCAAAGUCAUCCUGUUUGAGCUCAGCAGUGAGGGCGGUGUCGACAUUGCGCAGGCGCUCAAUGGAGAACAGAUUGGAUCUUACUAUGGCAGUGAGGUGUGCGGGAUGGACAUUGACCAGAAUGGCAUCACGGACGUCCUCCUGGUUGCGGCUCCGAUGUACCUCGGCUCAGGAAACAAGGAGACUGGAAGAGUUUACAUCUACACACUCAGCAGGGAGGAGCUGUUUGUCCCUAAUGGGACCCUGAAGUCUGAGGACAAGUCCCAGGACGCCAGGUUUGGUUACGCACUGGCAGCGGCCCCUGACCUGAACCACGAUGGCUUCACUGACCUGCUGGUUGGAGCCCCGCUGGAGGACGACCACAAGGGCGCCAUUUAUGUCUACCACGGAGAUCGUACUUACAUCAUACACAACUACAAGCAGCGUAUCUCGGGGUCAUCUAUUUCCCCCUCGCUGCAGUACUUUGGCCGCAGUGUGAGUGCUCGCUUGGAUUUGGAUGGAGAUGAGCUAAUAGACUUGGCAGUUGGAGCACAAGGCAACGCUGUUCUGCUCAGCUCUCGGAGCAUCGUGCAGAUCAACGUGAGUCUCUCCUUCCAGCCUCACUCCAUCAACGUCAUUCAGAAGACCUGCCAGCGGGGAGGCAGAGACUCCGCCUGUCUGAUGGCCACCGCCUGCUUCACCACCAUCUCCCGCUCCCCCGGUCCCCACAGCAACAGCUUCGACCUGUGGGUGUCGGCCAUGUUGGAUGACAGGAAGUUGUCUGCCAGGGCGCUGUUUGACGAGAGCUCCCACCGGCAGACCCAGCGGCCAGUUCGAGUCCACGUGGGACAGACGCUGUGCUCCGAUCUGCCCUUCCACGUCUACGACACAGCAGAUUACAUCCGGCCAAUUAGUUUCUCACUGCAGUUCAAAAUCAAUAACACAGAUAGCGGUCCGGUUUUGGACGAAGGCUGGCCAACAACGGUCAAGAAAUCUAUCCAGUUCUUUAAAGACUGUGGUGAGGACGACGUUUGUACAACGGACCUGGUGCUGAAGGCCCACAUGGACAUCUCUGGGACGAGACAGAAGCCUUACGUGAUCCGCAGCCCCCGCAGGCGUAUGGCGGUGGAGGUGCAGCUUGAGAACAGGCUGGAGAACGCCUACAACACCAGCCUGACGGUGCACUAUUCACGCAACCUGCACUUCUCCAGCCUCAGCAUCAGGGAGGCCGCCCACUUCAAGAUCGAGUGCACAGCACUCAGUGCCAGCAGCCACUCGUGCAACGUCAGCUAUCCAGUAUUUCGCUCCCAGUCAAAAGUUAACUUCAUGCUGGAGUUUGAGUUCAGCUGCACAUCCUUGCACAGUCGAGUGCAGAUGAAGCUCCACGCUGCCAGUGACAGUGUGGAGAGAGAGGACACUUUUGGGGAUAACAGUGUCCAUCUGCAGAGUUUUGUUCAGUAUGAACCAGAUUUGUUUGUUAGCAGUGACUCUAAUUUGAACCGAUAUGAGGUUCACCCCACUCGGACGGCGUCGGAGGCAAUUGGACCAGAAUUCUACACUCACCUCAGGCUGCAGAACCUCGGCUGUUACUCGGUGAGUAAUCUGGAGCUGAGGCUGCAUCUGCCCUCCGUGGCAGCAGGAGGCCAAGUCUUCAUGACCGUCAUCGAUGUCUCACACAACGCCACCGGGGUGAACUGCAGUGUGCUGAGUGAUCCGGUCCUACUAGAGGCCAGACAGACAGACGUACGCUCCCUUCAUCCUGAAGACAUGAUGCAGAACGACAUACUGAACUGCAGCAGGUCGUGGUGCACGGAGAUUGUGUGUGAAGUCCAGCAGCUUCUGAGAGGGCAGACCGCCGCCAUUCGAGUCAGUCGCAGAGUUCACGAUGACUUUUUCAGAAAGGCCAAAUACAAGUCAGUGAAGAUAAUAGCAUCCUAUCGUCUGGCAGCUAAGGAGACAAACCUCAUUACUCUGGGCACAGGGACAGCCUGGAGGGAGACUGUACUGGAGGUGUUAAAGGGCCGCGCGAUUCCCAUCUCGCUGUGGAUUCUGAUUGGUAGCAUAAUUGGCGGUUUGCUGCUACUGGCCCUCAUCAUUUUCAUAUUAUGGAAGAUGGGAUUCUUUGCACGCAAACAGAGGGAAGAAGAAGAUGAGAACCAUGAGGACUGAGUCCAACUUUGGCUGCCAUGACAACCGUAAUUUACCAUGACAAAUAUCACAGGAGCGGAGUGCACCGCUUAUCAGGCACAGAGACAGUUUGGAGUCGAUACACAGAUGCAACAGGGACCUCCAGGACCAAAGAGAGAGUGGAAAUGCACCACCACUAUUUCCAGGGUCGGGAGCACUUAUGUAAAUAAUCUUUUUUUAUUAUUUGAAAGAAAAUGUGUAUUAAACCACAAUUCUUCUAUUUAAUAUACAGAUAUCUUCCUGGUUUUACAUUUCAAACAUCGUUUAUUCAUAUGUUUGUCUUUCAGUUUUGUGUGUGUCUUCAUUGAAAUUAAAACUGUUGAAAAGAA